GUAUACGUGUUUGCUGCCACAGCUGGAGCCCUGCUGGUUCAGUCUCCUUCGUCUCUAUCUGUGACCCCGGGGUCAAAGGUCAACCUCAGUUGUGACAUCAGUCAGAUGGGUGGGCAGUGCUCUCAGGUGGCGUGGCUGCGUGUUGGACAGCUGAGCAGUCUCAGUGUGAGCCGUCAGUUUGUGUCUUCAGUUCAGAGCGGGAUUCUGUGCCUGCUGGAGAUCUCCAGUGUUGUCCUGCAGGACACCGGCAGGUACUACUGCGUCCACAUCAACGGAGUUAUGCUGCUGAUUGGAGAUGGGACCACACUGACUGUCACAGAGUCGGUGCCCCACAGUCCGGUGGUCGACCUCCUGGUUCCUUCAGAUAGUGUCGACUCCUCCCUCCCCGUCCCUUUGAUCUGUCUGGUGUCUGGACUGGAGGAUACUGGUCGGGUCACAGUGGAAUGGGAGGUGGACUGGGAGAAGGACGGAGAUGACGGUCUCCAGUGGCUCAGCCCCAGAAUCCUUCCUGACAGUGAGGCAGGUGUCAUCAGCGUACAGGUUGAUGUUCCAGGAGAAACCUGGACGGGAGGAGCUGCGGUGUCCUGUGUGCUGACUGACAAAGAGCUGGAGAUCAGGAAGACUGUCAGCAGCAGGACAGGAAAGUCCAGUGAGUGUGUGUUUCUGACCUCCGCUGUGGCCGCUGUGUGUGUCGUCCUGCUUGUCGUCACAGUGACGCUCAGCAUCCUGUUGUCAUGGCGACAGAGAGGCCUCAAAAGAAAAUCAGACGGUCGGUCGGAUAUCGGUGAUGAGGUGACUGAGAAUAUACUGGAUUUUUAACUUUCAGUGCUGUUCUGCUGUUUAGACUUUACAAAGCUAA